AUGCCCGUAAUUCAAACUCUGGUUCAGCCUUCCGUACCAUCUUCUGCAGGAAAGCUAGCUACCGUGGAGAAGGCCGUUGCGACCGGGAGGCUUUCUCUUUCAAUCACGUCUUCAACGCCCUUUUCAAAGCUAGGGAGCAACUUCUUGGCUCGGAAAUUUACUGCCAAGCCCAACAGGAGAAUCAGCAUUGAUAUGAUCGGACAACCACUUAAAACCAGUGAUCCUGAUAAAGCAGGUGACAUUCUAAAAACUUGGAAUGAUCAGGUUAAUGGAAAACCCGCUGCCAUUGCGAACAACGGAUCCUCCCAGAAGGCGCUAGAUGGGACCGUACCUACCGAGUCUGAGCAUCCUAUAGACUCGAACGAAAUGCUCAACAAUCCCAACCUCCAGUCUUCUGAAUUUAAUCCGGUGCUUUGCUCUAGUCCGGUACUUACUGUCGAGCCUGAGGAUCCUACCCCUGACUCCAAUAUAAACCAAACUAUCAUCGUUCGCAAGCAAGCCCCGCGGACACGGCGUACCUUAGAGUUCUCAGGUCUGGGCGCACCAGCCGGCUCAUCAAGUGAAACGAGCUACCUGCCUUCAUCGGUCGGUUUGCUCUCUGAACCUCUGGAGGGAAUCGCAGAAGAAAUGCAGGAGGUAUCCUGCUCUCCAAGCGUCAUUACGGUGGAGAAAGCUGUAGCCACGAAGGUUUUUUUCGAGAAGCAUUAUGAUGCGAUUUUGAAGCGUCCAAAAGACCGAGACCAACGGAAGAAGUUAAUGGAAGAUGAGCUUUUGAGACUCGACAUAAACGCCUAUGACCGCGAAGAAAUCAUGAGAAACUGGAACCGCAGUGAGACGGCUUACCUGCGUGAAAUUCGGAAUCGAGUCGGGAUUGAAAACUUCAAAAAGCUGAAAACCAUUGGUCACGGCGCGUUUGGGGUUGUUUCUCUAGUCAGGGAAGAGAUCACUGGGGAAUUACUAGCAAUGAAACAGAUGAGAAAAUCGGAUAUGCUACGUCGCGGCCAAGAAGGACAUGUUAGGGCCGAAAGAGAUCUAAUGACUGCUGCCAGCUCGAUAUGUCGGUGGAUCGUUCGAUUGGUUUACUCUUUCCAAGACGUCGAUCACUUGUACUUGGUGAUGGAGUAUAUGGGGGGAGGUGAUAUGCUUAACUUGUUGAUUCAGCGGGAUACGUUUCCAGAAUCAAUGGCCAAAUUUUACGUCGCUGAAAUGAUCCUCGCAAUAGAAGAAGCGCACAAAUUAGGAUAUAUCCAUCGUGACAUCAAACCUGAUAACUUUUUAUUCGAUAGAGAAGGACAUGUCAAGUUAUCAGACUUUGGCUUAGCUACCGAUUUUCAUUGGGCACAUGACGCUGCGUAUUACGAGCACCAGCGGAUCGCCCUCUUACGCAAGCAUGGAAUUGAUUUGGAGGAUGGACUUCCCAAUCUGAAGAGACUUGAUCAAGCGUACUCACUAGACGAAGAACCCACCGGGGCCAACAUUGCAGCUUCUGGGUCGAAGGAAGACCGACUACUUACUAUAAGGGAUCGGAAACGUAAGAAGAUGGCCUUCUCCGUUGUUGGUACAAACAACUACAUGGCACCAGAAGUCCUGAAGUCGGGUGGAUAUGACCGCGCCUGUGAUUGGUGGAGCUUGGGUGUCAUUCUAUUUGAGAUGAUAUAUGGCUAUCCUCCAUUCAGCUCUCGCUCCCGUCAAAUCACACGAACUAAGAUCAUGCAAUGGAAGUCCUAUCUUCGAUUUCCCAGUAGUCCCAAGAUUUCCCAACAAGCAACCCACUUCAUCCAAUCCCUUUUGUGCGAUCGGAAGGAUCGAUUAGGGUCCACAGUUCGUCCUGCACUUCCUCAGCGCAACCCACGCAAUUCUACUUCAAAAUGGUUGAACCUGGAGCCAAGCAUCCAGCGAGAAGGCGCAGACGAACUGAAAGCACAUCCGUGGUUCAAAGGAAUUAACUUCAAAACAAUCCAUUUGGAAAAGCCUCCUUUUAUACCCAAUCUCAAGUCGGAAACCGAUACUCGAUACUUCGAAGAAGACAUUGACGCGAAUCCACUUCCUUUGCCUGGAGGAGCUGCCACCCAAACUCGCGAUGUUCUUUUGGGGCACCACAAGUAUGGAGCUGACAUUCUUGAAACAAGGAAGAAGCAUGCUUUUGUGGGUUAUACUUUCAAAAGCCCUCGCAGAGAAGUCUUCGAUCCACGCAGAGGAUUCCUUCUCCAAUCAUUUAGCUCUGGAUCCGUUGAGGACGCCAAGACGCAGAUCCAUACGGAUAUCGAGACUUUCCCCACUGGGCCCUUGUUGCCGACUGAAUUGCUGAACGAAACAGAGGAGAAUAUGCGCCGUAUGUCAAUAUGAGAUUCCUCACUCUCAGUCAUCAUUGUAGGGGAGGGGGCGCUGCCACUAGUUGUUUGCCACUGCGCACCAGAGGGGAGGUAUUUAGUUAAGCUAGGAAGUCAUCCAUUUUUUAAGUUUUCAUUCUCAUUUUUUGCAGAACUCAUUUCAGCACUUGCUGUACACUUGUAUUAAACUUUACUGUUUGUAAUUGUCAUUGUUGUCAGUUUUAAACUAUAAGAAUUAACCAUAUGGCUAGAGAAAAUAAGUUCAUGACCAUACUUUACAUACUCCAUGGAAAUUUUU